AUGCUGACACGGCGACCGUUACAAUGUGUGGCUCGAUUCACAGCCUCCGCAUCAGCCAGUCAGAUAGACCCUAAGGAAAUCGUUGAGCCGGCCAAACGACCCGCAAUUAAAGAAGUAAAGUCGAUGAACGCUGCGACGGCGACUAAAUCUCUAUACGAAAUGGCUAGCAUCAAAUCGAGGAGAUCACCCGCCGGAGAGCGACUACACCGUUUGCCCGCGCAGGCAGUGCCAGGUCUGCGGAACGCCCUACUGGCCACCGAGAUUAACCCGAAGCAGCUGCAGAACGAGGCCGAUCAGCUAUUCGAAAGGCUAAAGCAUCGUCGUUUUCCGGCGUCUAGCGAGAUGCUGAAAGGGAUACGUAUGCAGUUGAAGAAGGAGCUGCGCCGCAAAGCCGAGGAUGAACGCAUCUCUGGUGAUCAGUUGGAAUCGGAGGCGGAUGAGGUGAAGAUUAAACGGCAAUCUGAUAAAUUGCUGAGGAAGGCUGAUUAUAAGUGGGCACCGCUCGAUGUGAACAAGGAACACGAUGCCGUCGUUUACGCCCUAGCCAGACUCGCGCCAAAUUAUGCGGAAAUUUCCCGAGUUAUUGCGGAAUUCGCGCGUGCAGACGGUUUCUCACCAAAGACCGUUCUCGACUUUGGCUGCGGCACUGGAGCGGGCUUCUGGGCGGUACACGACGCGUUUGGGCUUGAUGUUGAUGAAUAUCUGCUGGUCGACGCUUCGGAUGCGAUGACAAGGCUGGCCGUUGAUUUGAUGCGUGACGAAUCAAUGGUUCACCCGAACGGUCUCAUACAUCCAAAUGUGAAUGUCCGGCGUCACUUCUUGCCCUCUUUGCAGACAACCUACGAUCUGGUCAUCGCGCAUCGGACGUUAAGUGAGGUCGGAUCUAAUGAGGCGCGUUUGGAAUUGCUGCGGCAACUCUGGCAACGAACCAACAGAUUCCUGGUGUUGAUUGAGGAUUCGAAACGUGACGCAUUCGAAUCCAUCCUAACGGCUCGAGACUUUGUCGUAACGGAAGGGCAAGCUCUCGAUUUGGAAGCGACCAGACGCUUACUGGCCGAGCACAAUUUUCUGGACGAGGCGAUGGAUCGGUUGCUACAUGAUGGCCGAUUAUCGGAGUAUGAACGCCUGGAAUUGAUCAAAGCGAAACUGCCGGCUGAUUUCGCCUUGCCGACCGCGAUGGAUCCGGGCUUCAUAUUCGCGCCAUGCCCCCACGAUAUGGGCUGCCCAAAGCAGAUUGACGGCAAAUGUCUUGCCCCUAUCCGAUGGGAAGCUGUACGCGCUGACGGCAAGACACAAGGCCGUCACAAUGAUAACACAGAUGAAGGCUCCAUUUCGUACGUGAUUCUUGAAAAAGGCAGCCGAGCACCCGGCUCAUUGCCAGGAGAACGCAUACUGCAGGCCUCUCACUCGGCCAAGCAUUCUACCUGUGAUGUUUGCACGGCAUUCAACGGCGUCCAACGUUUCACCCUCACCAAGAAACACCGCAAUUUCUAUCAAGGGAUACGCGCACGUCGCGCCGGUGAUCUGCUCCCGUUUGCAAUGCGGAAACUUGAAGGCGACGACCCGUUCGACAAGUUCAUGCUU